AUGGACGCUUUGACAGAAAAUAUUCCAGGUACGGUCCGCCUCAUCGAUGUGCAAGAGGUGAUCAAUCUGGUUCCGCAGCCUUCAGUAAGACCAUCGCUCGUGCCCGGUCGCUUUGCUUGUCCGAUUGCCUCUCCCUCACCACAGCUGACUCCUUCCAAGCACGACCCCGAUGAUCCAUUAAAAUGGACCAAGAAACGCAAAACCCUAGCGAUGGCAUGUAUACUUGCCUACACAAUCGCGGUCGGAAUAUCCUCUGCGGCAAUCUAUUCAGUUUUCGAGAAUAUCUCGGCGCACACCGGCUUGAAUUUGUCCACGUUAAACCAAGGCACCGGUUAUAUGUUCCUCUCUUUCGGUUGGGGGUGUCUCUUUUGGCAGCCUCUGGCUCUGCAGUACGGCAAACGUCCGGUCUACCUGUUGAGCACCAUCGGAACCAUGGCGGCCAUGAUAUGGGCACCCUAUACCUAUUCUCAGCCGACGUGGAUAGCGAGCAAAGUGCUGCAAGGCUUCUUCGGCGCCCCGAUUGAGAGCCUAUGUGCCAUCAGCGUGACAGACCUAUAUUUCGUCCACGAGCGAGGCUUCUACACCACUCUUUACGCUUUGGUUCUGUCUGGAAGUAGCACCGGCGCCCCCAUCGUCGGUGGUUUCAUCGCGGACGGACAGGGUUGGCAAUGGGUUCUGUACUGGUGCGCCAUCUUGUGCGCCGUCGUUUUCGUCCUCCUUGCCCUCUUGAUGGAAGAGACCAAUUAUUCUCGGUCUCGCAUGGAUCCAGUCCGAGAGAUCAAUUCCCCUCUAGGGAGCCCGAUGGGGGACGGGAAGUCUGAAGGACCGGACUCUCCCUGGACUCCAGUCAGUGCCAGUGAUUCCACGGCUGCAUUUGGCCACGCCGGUAGCUUACCGCGAACCAAGAAGACGUGGUUCGACAAAUGCCGCCUCUGGCAGGAAGCAGAUCUCCCGAAGCCGAACCAGCUGGGGAGCAUGGUGAAAAGGCCCUUCGUCUAUACCACCUUUCCGGUGAUUGCAUUUUGCGGAUUCUCCUAUGGUGCCAGCCUCACCUGGUAUAACCUUCUCAACGCGACAUCCUCCUUGGUGCUGACCAAGAUCUACAAAUUCCGCACGAGGACGGUCGGAGUAUCCUACCUCGCGGUCCUCCUCGGCGUUCUGAUUGCCGCCGUGUAUACCGGACUCUAUGGGAACCGACUUAUGAUCAAGCUGGCACGGAAAAAUGGGGGGGUUUUGGAAAGCGAGCAUCGACUUUGGCUCCUACUCCCCCAGAUUUUCAUUUUACCGGCCGGCUUCGUCCUUUGGGGGGUGGGGGCGUCCUAUCGGAUCCAUUGGUUCGCCAUGAUUUUGGCGAUGUUCCUGAUCACCGGAGGGAGCGCCAUAGCGGUGCAGGAAAGCAUCAAUUACUGUAUCAGCUCGUACUCCGGUCACGAAGCGGUGGUCGCCGUCAUCCUCAUCCGUAACACCAUGUUUUUCGCGGUCAGCUACGGACUGACGCCAUGGGUGACCCACCUCGGGUUACGAAAUGCCUUUAUCUCCGCAGCCGUGGUGGCGAUGUGUCAAGGCUCUAGUUUCCUGCCGAUUAUCAGAUACGGGAAGCGACUGCGGAGAAGGACUGCACCGCGCCUCCUCAAUAUGUCGGAGAGAGAUUAA